AUGAAUUCGACAACAGCUGAGGAUAACGACGAGUUUUACGAACUCUCAACAAUCGAGCUGAUCGUAUGGUGCCUUCUUUAUGCAAUAAUUGCCUUAAUGGCUGUCAUUGGAAACUUACUGGUUUUAUAUAUCACAUUAUUCCGACUAAGGGUUCGCUCGAUAACAACGUAUUUUAUCAUAAAUCUUGGGUUUGCCGACUUAUUUACGGGCAUUUUUGCUAUUCCUUUCAAGUUUCAAGCAGCGCUUUUUCAGGAAUGGUUCCUACCACGACCGUUAUGUCGAAUAGUUCCUUAUGUGGAAACCGUCGCACUCACAGUUUCCGUGUUCACAUUGGUGACAUCGGCAGUUCACGAAUUUCGAACGACGUUCUUUUCGAAGUGUGCUCAAAUGAGUGCUCAGAAUGCAAAAAGGAGUGUGAUUUUGAUAUGGAUUGUGUCGUUGGUGGUAUCGUUGCCGCACGGAUUAUUCCAUUCCACAUUUGAAUUUCCCGACCAAGGUCUUCUAAUCAUUCAGUGUUUGCCUGUUUAUCCCAAUGAAGACUGGUGGAAAGGUUACAACGUGUACUUGACAAUUAUCCAAUAUUUCGUGCCAAUGCUCAUCCUCGACACUGCUUAUACGAUGAUUGCGGUCAAGAUCUGGACGACAAGUCGGCGACGAAUCGAGCUCGACGAGACAAAAACCGCAAAUCAAAAGCUGAUGCGGGUCCUCAUCAUAGUCGUCGCUUGCUUCUCGCUAUGCUGGUUUCCACUUGAGACCUAUUUGUUGCUCAAUGAGCUCAAACCGGAAAUCAAUGGUUGGAAAUACAUCAAUCUUGCCUUCUUCUUCUCUCAUUGGCUCGCAAUGAGCAAUUCUUGUCUCAAUCCGAUCAUCUACGGCUUAUAUAAUACCAAAUAUAAUGAGGAGUAUCGAAAAAUUUUCAAUCAAAUUACGAGUUGCACUUGUCGAAGGAAAGACGUCGCCGAAUCGAAAUCGCCGGAUCAACGAUGGAAUACUUCUGAAUAUUGCACCAACGGCCAGGAAAUCGCAUUUGUUUAA